CAAGCAUUUGUAUAGGUAAAUUAUAAAGGCGCAGUAGGGUAGGGGUCGAUCUAUCGAGAUGUCGUGGAGCGAGAACGAGAACAGCAGGUUCGAGCUGGCGCUGGCGGAUAUCGAAGAAGACAAUCCGGGGCGGUGGGAGCUGGUGGCCGAGGCGGUCGGCGGCGGCAGGACGGCGGACGACGUCUUUCGCCACUACCUGAGGCUGGAGGGGGACACGGACGACAUGGCCGCCUGGAACCGGAUGAACCGCCGCCGCCAACAGUACCACCGCAACGCCCAGCAGCAGCGGCAGCGGCAGCACGACGCCGGCAACAACAACAACAACAACAGCCGCAACAAUAAGCGGCGGAGCAACGGCGGCGGCGGCGGCGCCAGUAGCAGUAACAGUAACACCAAGAAUAGGCGCGCUAAUAACAACAGAGCCAAUCGCCCGCAGGAAUGAGACGACGUACGUACUGGCAGGGGCCGGCCGGAAGAACCACACUGCACAAACUACUUCAACUAUAUAUACACGCGGAACACGUAUACGUGGUUACGUGUACGUACGUCGAAUCGUUAUAUAUUACGGAAAUGAACGAAUCCUACCCUAGUACUGUAGUACCAUAAUAACAAAAUAAUUAAUCUGGUGGAUCGUCCUUUGCCAUGCAUGUAUGAUGAUAUAGUAUACUCUAACAAGAAUAAUCCUACCUGCUAGCUAGCUCCAGGUAGCGUAUUAAUUGCCUGCAUGCCUUUUCGGCCGCGUACGUGUACGUAUGAAUGUAAGUACUGUUGGGAAUUAUUAUAUAGUAUUAUAUAUAAAUAAAGUUAUC